AUGGUGGGUGAGGGCUUCGAGCUGAAGGAUUUGGCGACACACAAAGGCGACCUGGAUGCAACUGCCAGGGAAGUGUUGGCGGAGUUGGAGCUGAUUGCAGAUGGCGAGGAAUAUGUGCCUCGAGCCAUCAAGGACGAGUUUGAGGCCGCUACAGAAAUCCUGCCCCUGCGUCCUUAUAAUCUGGCCGACACUGCCUUGAGCAAGCAGCACCUCCUUGCCGAACUUGACGAAGCGGUGGAGAUACAGCAGGAAUCGACUAGGUGCUCGCUUGACUCGGUCGCUGAGCCAGACUGGAACGAGUCUGUACAUUGUCGCAUUUUGCGCCUCGCGCUCAAGCGGAACAAGGCAGUUCAAUUCCGCAACAUAACCCGCGCACAAAUCCAGCCCCCCACACUCAUCCCACGCCUCCUAUGUGGCCUCUCCAUCGAAUCCAAAAUGGUAGACUACGCCCUCAUCCUCCCGUCCACAGACACCCACAUCUCCACCGGCAUAGAGAAACUCCUCAAAGCCCAGCCGGUGGAGCAUCAAAGCAUCAACCAGACGCGCUACCAAUCCGUGCGCUUCCAGCCAAUUGCCCUGAACAUCGAGACCAAAGCUUCCAACCGCACAGAAAGCGAAGCACUCGUUCAGCUGACCGUCUGGACUGCUGCGGGAUUCCAGCAACUACAGGUGUUGACGGCGUCGAGAAGACCGAGGUUUAUUCCAGUGCCGCUGCUCAUGGUUAAUGGCAGCGUGUGGUGGCUGCUGUGGGCGACGUGGGAUGAAGCGGACAAGAUGACGCUGUAUAGCAAGGUGCAGAUUGGGGAUACGAGGGAGCUGAAAGGGAUUUAUAAACUGCUUGCGAGUAUGCGGAGGUUGAUAGGGUGGGUGGAGCGGGUGUGGAGGCCUUGGUUUACGCGGGAGGUUUUGGGGGUGUAG